ACAUGCAAUCCCAGGCAGCUCGCGAACACAAACCCGGGGCCAGCCGCCUACAGCUGCUGCUGCCGCUGCCGCCGCCGCCGCCGCCGCUGCCUCCGCCGGCUCUGCGCACCCGGGACUUUUCAUGCACCACACUCACCGCCUCCUUCCCUCCGUGUCCUGAAAAGUGCGACCGUUCUCCCAAGGAAUUUCCACGGUCUUAGAAGGGGAUGAUUCCCCAGUAAUAUUCCCUGCCCUGAUCCCAGGUGCCACUCCCUCCCAGGGAAGACUGCUUCUUGUGUGACGCCGGCCACAGAAAGAGACUCCGAUGGACUUACACCGGGCAGCCUUCAAGAUGGAGAACUCUUCCUACCUCCCCAACCCGCUGGCAUCCCCAGCACUGAUGGUCCUGGCGUCCACGGCUGAGGCCAGCCGUGAUGCUUCCAUCCCUUGUCAGCAGCCACGACCCUUUGGUGUGCCUGUCUCAGUAGACAAGGACGUGCAUAUUCCAUUCACCAAUGGUUCCUACACCUUUGCCUCUAUGUACCACCGGCAAGGUGGGGUGCCGGGCACUUUUGCCAAUCGUGAUUUUCCCCCUUCUUUACUACAUCUCCACCCGCAGUUUGCCCCCCCAAAUCUAGAUUGCACCCCAAUCAGUAUGCUGAACCAUAGUGGAGUGGGGGCCUUCCGUCCCUUUGCCUCCACUGAGGACCGGGAGAGUUAUCAGUCAGCCUUCACACCGGCCAAGCGACUUAAAAACUGCCAUGACACAGAGUCUCCCCACUUGCGCUUCUCAGAUGCAGAUGGCAAGGAAUAUGACUUUGGGACACAGCUGCCAUCUAGCUCCCCCGGUUCACUUAAGGUUGACGACACUGGGAAGAAGAUUUUUGCUGUCUCUGGCCUCAUUUCGGAUCGAGAAGCCUCAUCGAGCCCAGAGGAUCGGAAUGACAGAUGUAAGAAAAAGGCAGCAGCAUUGUUUGACAGCCAGGCCCCUAUUUGCCCCAUCUGCCAGGUCUUGCUGAGGCCCAGCGAGCUGCAGGAGCAUAUGGAGCAAGAACUGGAACAGCUGGCCCAGCUGCCCGCCAGCAAGAAUUCCCUUCUGAAGGAUGCCAUGGCACCAGGCACCCCCAAGUCCCUCUUGUUGUCUGCUUCCAUCAAGAGGGAAGGAGAGUCUCCGACAGCGUCACCACAUUCGUCUGCCACCGAUGACCUGCACCACUCAGACAGAUACCAGACCUUCCUGCGAGUACGAGCCAACCGGCAGACCCGACUGAAUGCUCGGAUUGGGAAAAUGAAACGGAGGAAGCAAGAUGAAGGGCAGGUAUGUCCCCUGUGCAGCCGCCCCCUGGCAGGAUCGGAGCAGGAGAUGAGUAGGCAUGUGGAGCAUUGCCUUUCUAAGAGGGAAGGCUCCUGCAUGGCUGAGGACGAUGCCGUGGACAUCGAGCAUGAGAACAGCAACCGCUUUGAGGAGUAUGAGUGGUGCGGGCAGAAGCGGAUACGGGCCACCACUCUCCUGGAAGGUGGUUUCCGAGGCUCUGGCUUCGUCAUGUGCAGCGGCAAAGAGAAUCCGGACAGUGAUGCUGACUUGGAUGUGGAUGGGGAUGACACUCUGGAGUAUGGGAAGCCACAAUACACGGAGGCUGAUGUCAUCCCCUGCACAGGCGAGGAGCCUGGCGAAGCCAAGGAGAGAGAGGCACUCCGGGGCGCAGUCCUAAAUGGCGGCCCUCCCAGCACACGCAUCACGCCUGAGUUCUCGAAAUGGGCCAGUGAUGAGAUGCCAUCUACCAGCAACGGUGAGAGCAGCAAGCAGGAGGCCAUGCAGAAGACCUGCAAGAACAGCGACAUCGAGAAAAUCACUGAAGAUUCAGCUGUGACCACGUUUGAGGCCCUGAAGGCUCGGGUCAGGGAACUCGAACGGCAGCUCUCCCGUGGGGACCGUUACAAAUGCCUCAUCUGCAUGGACGCAUACUCGAUGCCCCUAACGUCCAUCCAGUGUUGGCACGUGCACUGUGAGGAGUGCUGGCUGCGGACCCUGGGUGCCAAGAAGCUCUGCCCCCAGUGCAACACCAUCACAGCACCUGGAGACCUACGGAGAAUCUACUUGUGAGCUAGCCACCCCAGGCAGGCCUGCCUUGAGCCCCACCUGCUCCACCUGUGACAUGACCCCCCCUUGUACAUACUUGCACACAGGUUCCCCAUGUACAUACAUGCACACACACACACGCACACACAUGCACACACACAGGACUCUUAAGCCAGAGUAGGGGCUGAGGCCCAGGCCCUGCCUGCUGGCUCCCGCCAAGAUUGGGGACCAUACCUGUUUCAGGUUCUGUUUCCAGGGUGGGGCAUGGAGGCGGGGUGGGGGAGUAGCCCAGCAAGGCUCCUGAGAUCCAGCCCCCAGACUGACAGAUGGACAGACAGACAUGCAAACACCAGACUGAAGCACAUGUAAUAUAGACCGUGUAUGUUUACAAUGUUGUG